GGCGGGCGAGCGGGCGCGGGAAGCUGCUACGGAGUGCGGAGCGGGCGGCGGACGCGGCUACCCUGCAGGCCUUGGAGGGAGCAAACUGCUAGCCAGGCGAGACCCAGACUGCUGUCACCAUGACAACCAGCCAUCAGCCGCAGGACAGGUACCGAGCCGUGUGGCUCAUCUUCUUCAUGUUGGGGCUGGGGACCUUGCUCCCCUGGAAUUUCUUCAUGACCGCCACUCUGUAUUUCACAAACCGCCUGGACAAGUCCCAGAACAUGACCUUGGCCGCCACCACCACUACCACCACCACCACCGCUGCCGCCACCGAUAACCCGAUCGGGAAUGUCAGCGGCACCACGCCCCCUCCAGGCCGGAACGCCCUCAGUGGCAUCUUCAACAACGUCAUGACCUUGUGUGCCAUGCUGCCUCUGCUGCUCUUCACCUGCCUGAACUCCUUCCUGCACCAGAGGGUCUCCCAGUCUGUCCGGAUCCUCAGCAGUCUCUUCGCCAUCCUGCUGGUGUUCCUUGUCACCGCGGUGCUGGUGAAAGUCCCCAUGGACGCGCUGCCCUUCUUCGUCAUCACCAUGGUCAAGAUCAUGCUCAUUAACUCGUUUGGCGCCAUCCUGCAAGGCAGCCUCUUCGGCCUGGCCGGCCUCCUCCCCGCCAGCUACACAGCCCCCAUCAUGAGUGGCCAGGGCCUGGCUGGGCUCUUUGCAUCAGUGGCCAUGAUCUGCGCCAUUGCCACUGGUUCGGAGCUGGCCGAGAGUGCCUUCGGCUAUUUCAUCACCGCCUGUGUGGUCAUCGUCCUGACCAUAAUCUGCUAUCUGGCUCUGCCGCGGCUGGAAUUCUACAGGUACUACCAGCAGCUGCAGCUCGAGGGUCCUGGGGAGCAGGAGACCAAGUUGGAUCUCAUCAGUAAAGGAGAACAACCAGGUCCAGGCAAAGAGGCCAGAGUCUCGGCCCCCAACUCGCACCCCGUCACCAAGAGUCACUCCGUCCUGGCCAUUCUCAGACAGAUCUCAGUCCUGGCUUUCUCCGUCUGUUUCAUCUUCACUAUCACCAUUGGGAUGUUUCCCGCCGUGGCUGCCGAGGUCCGCUCCAGCCUUACGGACAGCCACACCUGGAAAAAUUACUUCAUCCCUGUGUCCUGUUUCUUGAUUUUCAAUGUCUUUGACUGGCUGGGCCGGAGCCUCACAGCUGUAUGCAUGUGGCCCGGGAAGGACAGCCUGUGGCUGCCGGGCCUGGUGCUGGCCCGGGUGGCUUUCGUGCCUCUUCUGCUCCUGUGUAACGUCCAGCCGCGCCGCUACCUGCCCGUGGUCUUCGAGCACGACGCCUGGUUCAUCUUCUUCAUGGCCGCCUUUGCCUUCUCCAACGGCUACCUCGCCAGCCUUUGCAUGUGCUUCGGGCCCAAGAAAGUGAAGCCGACCGAGGCAGAGACAGCAGGAGCCAUCAUGGCCUUCUUUCUGUCCCUGGGCCUGGCGCUGGGGGCCGUCUUCUCCUUUCUGUUCCGGGCGAUCGUGUGAGCAUGGAUGGACGGCCGAGAGGACUGUAUGGACCGCCCGCUUCGCCUUCCUCCCAGGGAUGGGCAGGAGCACCCUGGACGGUUCUCGGCUGACCACUUCUGCUUUCUCACAGCCUGCACUGGGCCCCAGGAGGAGGGACACCGGAUGGGGGCGGGGGGGUGUGUGGAACGCAGAGGGUCCAAGUCGGAAGAGGAACCGUUGUCUGGGGGACCCCCACAUGUGCAAGGCCGUUGCUGAGGCCUGGCUGAACAUCGCAGCACAGGCGAGGCUGGCCGAAUGUGUCCGAAUGUCCGUCUGACCGAGGGCUAGGACUGUGCUAAAGGUCUCGUCAGAUACUUCCCUUCCCGUGCCCCUCCCUGCCUCCCCCUGCCUCCGGGCUACCCAUCACGCACCCUGUACAGUUGCUAUUUUACUGCCUUUUUUUUAUACCAGACAGAAACCAGGUGCCUUCAGAGGCUCUCUGAUGAUUAAAUAAACUUUUUUUUUUUCCUCCA